UUGUUGUUAAGUUAGGCGCGCUUACUAUUUUCGUAAUGACUCGAGAGAGAGUAAGUAAACAGUGAUUAAAGCGCGAGUAAAGGAUAUAUGAUGGUGUAGGCGCGUGGGAUUUGAUUCGUCUCUCCUCCAUCGUAGAAAAGAUUUUAAAAGGAGUGAAAGAGGCAUAAUAAUAAUCUUUUUCUUUCUCUUCCUUCUUCAUCUUCAUCCUUGAUUGAUUGAUACCAACCAACCCUUAAUCUACACAACGACGUUCUAAAUUUAAUCAGAUUUCUACUUAGUCAGUUGCAAUCUCUGGGUUGGGUUGUGUAUUGUAUUGAAGGGUGAGUGAGGAAAAACAAAGUCUUUGUAAAACUGAAGGAUGAGGAUUUUGUGUGAUGCGUGCGAGAACGCAGCUGCUAUCGUCUUCUGCGCCGCCGAUGAAGCUGCCCUUUGCCGCGCCUGCGAUGAAAAAGUAAAGCCCUUUUCUUUUUGUAUCUCUCUCUACUGAUAGAAAAAUCGAGUCUUUGUUAAUCUGGGAUUUGCUCAAUUGGUUCAGAGCUGUGGCUCAUUUUAUAUAAUAAGACUCUCGCUCGUCUCAACGAGUGAUUAAAGUUUGCAACUUUUUGUUUUUUUUGUGCUUAGAUUUGCUUCUUUAGACUUGUUGAAUGAAACAGUGGAAAAGAUCAAAGUCUUCUUAUGGAAAUCCCUACAUGGUGCUCUACCAGUAGGAGAACAGUUUGCAAUAAGAAACAUUCCAGUAACCAGCCGCUGUGCUCGGUGUGAUUCAGAAGAGUCAGUAGUCCAUCUGCUGUUCAAUUGUCCCUAUGCAAAGAAAGUCUGGGAGUUAGCACCAUCAGCAAGCUAUAUAAACUCCCUAAGCUUCACCUCCUUCCCUGAGGGCUGGAAUAGAGUUAGGAAGAUACCUUCUCUACCGCCAACAGGUAUCGAAGCAGGUACUUUCUCGGCAUGGAUCGUGUGGUCAAUCUGGUGCUCCAGGAAUCAGCUAAUUUUCGAGAAGAGAAACUUCUCACCCGAAGAGACAAUCCUGAAAGCUAUCUCGGAUGCUCGUGAAUGGAUGAUGGCACAGCCUCCCCAAAAUCCAAACCGAUCGAAACCUUUGAUCAGACUCGAACCAAUCCCUAGAGCUCCCGAUCUACGCGUCAUCUUCACCGAUGCAGCAUGGAACCCACUGACGGGAAACGCAGGCUUUGGUUGGAUCGUUGAUGAUCUGGUCUCGCCAUCACAAUAUGCAGCGAAUGCGACCUUCGUCUCAUCGCCUCUCAUGGCAGAAACUCUGGCUGUCCUUAAAGCCAUAACCUUUGCUCAAUCACGCGGUAUGGCCUCGAUCCUCAUCCUCUCAUCCUCCCAAGUUCUCAUCAACACAAUCAACAGGAGGGAGUUAUUGCUUGAGAUCUAUGGACCGCUCUGUGAUAUCUACCACCUGCUUCUCUCAUUUAUGUCGUAUGUGUUUAAGUUUAUUCCCCGUUCAGAAAACUCUAGAGCAGAUUCUGUAGCAAAGCAGGCCCUUUGGGCCAUGCAAAACUAAACCCAUCUAUUGAAGUUUUUAAGUUUGAACAAAAAAAAAAAGACUUGUUGAAUUCAUGUUUUUAGUUAUUACCAUAGUGAUUCCAAGUAUUUGCUGUUGCCAUUUCAGUGAUUAUGCUACUCUAUCAUGUGCAUUGCAGGGAAUGUUUGUUUCCAAACUUUGCAUUUAGCUUAACUACUCUACUUGUGGAGAAACACCUAAUCAAAUUUUGCGAUUAAUCUUUUACUUCAUUUACAUGAUGGGUAAACACUUUUCAUAGUAGCUUCCAAUGGGAUUCCAAACUCUGUUAUGUUUGCAGGUUCAUAUGUGCAAUAAGCUAGCUAGUCGGCAUGUACGUGUAGGUUUAGCCGAACCAAGCAAUGCCCCCUGCUGCGAUAUUUGCGAAAAUGCACCUGCCUUCUUUUACUGUGAGAUAGAUGGUAGUUCCCUUUGUCUGCAAUGUGACAUGGUCGUUCAUGUUGGUGGCAAGCGAACACACGGCCGCUUUCUUUUGCUCAGACAGAGAAUUGAGUUUCCAGGGGACAAGCCUAAACCACCAAACAAUACGAGAGCCAAUUUGCAAAACCAAAGAGUCUCUUCAAAUGCCAACGGUGAAGCUAAUGGCAAGACUACUGAUGACGAAAUGAUUGAUCUCAACUCUAACCCUCAGAGACUUCAUGAGCCUUCAUCAAAUAACCAUGGUAUCGAUGUAAAUAACACGAGCAAUCACGAGACUCCAGGUGUUGUGCCCUUUAAACGAGAGCCUGACAAGUGAUAAAGGGUCUGGUGUUUUUAUUGUUGAAGAAAGAAGAAAGGCUUGUUGUCUUUGUUUGUGCAUUAUCUCUUAGUUUAAAGGAAAGAGCUCACACGAAUGUCAAAGCUAACAUACCUGAAUAUUCCGAACAAUUUCUUUCUAUUUUUUCUCAAAUAAAAAUCCUUUCGAAAAAA